AGCAGCUGAGCAAGUCCCUAGGCGGAGGAGGUGGCGGCGGCGCCGGAGGGGGGCUAGGAGGGUUCCCAGCCCCCCGCCCGCCUCCCCCCAGCAGACUGCAAGCGCCCCGGGCGCUGGAGGAGCCCGGCCAGAUUAGUUUAUUGGCUAACAAGAGCCACAAACACUUCAGGCCCUGAUGGGGGACUCAGGAUCCAGAAGAUCGACUCUAGUAUCUCGGUUGCCAAUAUUCAGGAGAAGUAUUAGCCGCAGACACGACUCCCUUCCUUCCUCACCUUCCUCUGUUAAUACUGUUGGUGUCCACACCUCCUCUCCUUCCAGCACUAACUCCAGCUCAGGGAGCACAGGCAAGCGCCGGAGCAUAUUCCGUACUCCUUCCAUUAGCUUCCAUAACAGGAAGGGGAGUGAGCAGAAGCCCGACUCCACUAGUGAAAAUGUUGACAUCUCAAAUGGUGCCCAGUCUUCUCUCAGCAGUUUUCAAAAACUGAGCCUAGAGGAACACAUUAAAAGCCGAGGGAGGCACUCAGUUGGCUUUGGCAGCUCGCGUAGCAAGAAGAUAACGAGGUCUUUGACAGAGGAUUUUGAAAAGGGAAAGGAGCCCUCAACUAAUAAGAACGUCUUUAUAAAUUGUAUAAGUUCUGGGAAAAAUGAGGGCGAUGAUUCUGGCUUUGCGGAGGAGCAAAGUCGAUACUCCGUCAAACAAUCCACACGAAAACUUCUCCCUAAAUCUUUUUCAUCGCACUACAAAUUUUCCAAACCAGUUCCGCAGAGUCAGUCAGUUUCGUGUGUGCAACAGUCUGGAUGCUUGUUAGAGAUUAAAUCGUACGUCGAAAGCGAACCUCUAAUGGUGAAGUCCGCUCCGCUGUGUUCUGCUGAGACGACAGAAUGCGCGGGAAGCUCGUUGCAGUCUCCACAGCUUUCGGCAGACCUCACGACGGCCCAAACCCCCUCGGAGUUUGUAACCUUGACAGAGGAUUCUGUUUCGGAAGUUGAUGCACUGCCUGGCAGUGGAAAUGGAGUGCUGCUCGCAGAGGAUUUUGGCCACAAUGUCUCUACCUCUCAGAUCUUCCCUAAUCCUGCUGCUGCUCACGUGAGGAAAACAGAUCAUGUGGAAAGUACUUGCCAGUCUGCUGGUGUAUCUCUUGUGAGUCACGCAAGCUUAUGUAGCACUGAAUCUAAUACCUUAUUCAAAACCUCUGCUGCUAAUCAAACACAAGUAUCAUUGCAAGCCAAUGGACUACCUAUUACAGAUUCCAGGCACAUAGGAGAAAUUAACUCAGCAAAUGCAAAUUUAGAGACAUUUGCGUUGUAUCACAGAGACGAACUGGAGAUGUGCUCUCCAAAAGCACGGGGGUUAAGUGGGGACCAAGAUGAAAGAAUGCUAUCUAAGCACAUAAGAGAAACAGCUCCUGUAACGGAGUCUAUAUCAUAUUCUGAACCUCAGUCCUUUAAAACACAACAGGGAUAUGAAACAAACCAUUCUAAAGUUGAUCUUGCCAAUAGCUUCAGUCCAUACCGAGAAGGCAGAUUUAUUGAGAAACGGCUGAGAUCCUCUUCGGAAGGCACUGCUGGAAGCAGUCGGCUGAUCAUAAAACCGAAGGACGGAAACACAGAAGAACUUAGCAGUCUACGGAAGCAGAGAACAAGCUCAUCUUCCUCAAAAAUGAACAGCAUGGAUGUCUUGAAUAACUUGGGUUCUUGCGAGCUGGAUGAAGAUGACCUAAUGCUUGACUUAGAGUUCCUAGAAGAGCAACAUCAUCAUCGUUCUGUUUGCCGGGAAGAUUCAUACCAGUCGAUAGUCUCAUGUGCUGCUGUAGUACUUACCCCUGUAGAACCGACAGUGGAUACAAGGAAAAAAGAACAGACAAAAAUGCCCGAUGUGUCUAAACAGAACCUAUCCCUGAAGCUAUCAAAGGAUGUGGACCAAGGAGAAGCCAGGUACCCUCGUGUCAGCCAGCUGGCUGGCAGCCCGUCAGUGGAGUGGCCUUUUACUGGCCUGGAGGAAGGGGGAGGCAUUGAAUCUUUGCCCUUCAGGCUGAUGUUGCAGGACUGCACAGCUGUAAAGACAUUGCUGCUGAAAAUGAAGAGGGUUCUUCAGGAGAGUACGGACAUGAGUCCAGCUAGCAGUACCGCCUCGCUCCCGGUCAGCCCUCUUCCUGAGGAGCCGAUACUUUUCAAGGAUGUAAUAAAAGAUGAAUGCUCAGUGCUGAAGCUACAGCUGAAGGAGAGAGAUGAACUCAUAGCCCAACUUCGUGAGGAGCUGGAAAAAGCCCAGUGUUUACAGAAGGCUCUUGCUUCCCAAGCAGAUAAAUCCACUCAGACAGAACUUGUAGGCCAUGAUGCUACAUAUCAAAACAGAACGGGGAACCAAAGUCUCAACACAAGGGACAGAAAGUCAGCACAUACUCCCACCGAGGACCCUUUUAGAUAUCCAUCAGGCAACCAAGCAAUAGCCUAUGAAAGCAAAAGCUGUCAGCUGUCAAAUUUGUGUCUGAGUAACCUUUUGAAAGAGAAAGAAAUAGUGGACGUCAUCAAGCAUACUAGAGGUACAUAUGAAACCCUCGCUUCAGAGGUCACCCAGAAUGGUUUGGCCACCACUGCACAAAGUACAGCAAAGCCAGCAUCCAAGACAGACAGCUACCCUGUUUUUUCAGGCGCUCCGAAGGACCAAAGUGCUGUACCUCGGCAGCAUACCACUUUCACAGGGAGACUGGGACAGCCUCCGAGGGGACCCAUCUCUUUACACAUGUACAGCAGAAAAAAUGUUUUCCUCCACCACAAUUUGCACACAGCAGAGCUGCAGACUUUAGGUCAACAAGAUGGGUAACAGGGUUCUUGUAUUCUUACCGUGGAAGGAGAGUUGAUUAAACAGGAACGUAAACUCUUCUAGAGCUCAGUCUUAAGUUUUCACCUGCUGCUACCUUUACCUGAAAAAAAAAAAAUAGCAUUGUCUAUAGGUUCCAUACUUUCCCAUUUGGGACUGUGGCAAAGCGAUGAGCUAGAUUGUUAAAUAACUAAACUGAUUUGUUGUGCAAAAGUUACUAUGUGUGUAAUAAAUGGGACCAUUUGGCUGGCAUCGCUAAUCCAAAGUUAGCUAAAUUUUUUUUCUUUCUUGUCUCUAUAAGCCACUAAGAUCCACUGAAGUUCUGGAAAGCGGUCGUAAAUAGCACUGUGUACAUUUAAUAAUGUUACUGUAGAAGUAGAUGUGAGGAUUGAAUAGAUAAGUAAUUAGGAAACCCUCUUGAAUUCCAUAGACACUAACGAAAUGAAGAGUCAGAAGUCUGAGAACACUCUUUGCAGUUUUUUUUUUUUAAAUACAAUGACAUUUGCUCACUUGUAGAGGUAUGUUACCACUUCCUGCUGUAUGUAUUUUAUGGAUGCCUCAGGGCACCAGCAGAGGGAAUGACUGACUUUUUUCUUCCUUUAACAGUUAGGUUCAUAGAGUUUUACCAGGUAUUUGACUCAGUACCUGGGAUCCAAAUGGAGGAUUGCAGCUUGAUGCCUCAACCUUCCCUCCCCCCUCCCUUUUUUUAAACUAUAUUUUUUUCUACUAUUUUUGUGCUAUUAUAACAUGUGAUGUUGUGGUGGUAUUUGUUGUGCUUUUACAGACAAUAUAUCACUCGUGACGCAACAUGACAGCUAUAUGAUGCGUCAUAUAAUUGCAUUUCACUUCCCACACCAAAAUGGCUGGAAGUAAAUUUUACUUGAAUAGAAGCAGUUGUCUUAUUUCCCAGUCCAAACUACCCAUGCAAUCAGAAUUCCUGUAGACUAUAUCUUGCACUUAAUGACCUGAAUUACACUAACUCAGCAGGUUUGAUAGUCUCAAUGUAUUACGCACAAGCAAGAUGGAUUUAGUGCUAUUUGGCAUGCAGUAUGCUGGGCUUAUAGGAAUAUGAAAUCAUCUGAUGACACUAUAGAACUUAAAAGCUUGUCAGGAACAAAAGACCCUGUUUUCCCUUCUCAGAGGGCUUGAGAACAGGUAGCUAAAUCAAGUUACUCUGAACAUGUGGCAUAUACUAAACAUGACGCUUAGUUUACAACCUCUCUGAUGACGGGUAAUCUGUCCAAAUGAUAAUAGAUCGUAUAGUUAGUAGCUCAUAAAUAACCCAGCGCAUUUAAUUAUGAUUGAGACAGAUCUGAGACAAGUCACCUCUCUCUUUAACUGGUGAUUAAUAAUGAAAGGCAAGGGCGUAGCACAUUCUCACACAAAGAAUCAAGCACCUGGUGUGACUUAACUGAAGUAGGAUAUAAAGAAAAAUGAAGCUUCUGUAGCCAGUAAAAAUGCUGUAACUUUUAAAAGUAAGUCCAAAAGGCAUACAAAAUGAAUUAGUGAUACAAAUUUUACCUAGUGUUAAACAUGACCUCCAUUCAACUAGUUAAUUCUCAGAUUAAUAGGAAGGAUUAAUAGGAAGAUUGGUUAGGUUAUGAAACAACUAGACUCUGCAAAGCCAUUUCAACAGCCCAAACUUCCAGGAUUCUGUUUAUUGAGGAUUUUAAUUAGGGUAAAGUAAAUUUGAUGACAUUAUCAGAUGUUGAAGAGAGCAGGUUUUGUCUAAGUAUUCUAUAGUGGUAAUUUUAGGUGUCCAUAGCUGGAUACAUAUGAGUCAAGACAAACAUUUGCCAAACUUCUUCAUGCUUUUAUAUAUUUGUGUGUGUUGCUACUGCCAAAACAAAACAUGCAAAAAUUGCAAACACAGCUUCACUGAAUGAACUGUGGGUAUUCAAGACUUUCAGUCCUGCUUUGAAACUCAUAGUUUAAAGUCUACCAAAAAAAUUUAAAAUACUAGUAACAGAAUUUCACUAUUUAGUCAUGUUUUCAUCUGAGCAAUUUCUUAAGCUUAUGGUAGAUUGAAAGGACAGUUGGUUAUUGUCGACAGUACAUUUCUUGCUUAUCUCAAGAGUUGAUGUAUGCAAUUAUAUUUCAGAUCUGUAAAUAAACUUACAUUGUAAUCAAGGAAUUUUUUUCCAGGAUACAAAUGUGCUAUACUACAUUAAAAAAAAAAAAAUCAAUUUUAACUCAUGUACUGUAUCUAUAGUUGUUUUUUCCUGGAAAAAUGGACUUUUGGAUUACACUUUGUUAAAAAAUCUGUCUAUACCUUUCAAAAAUAACAUUUAAAUGCUACUAUUUUCUUGAAAAAUCUUUUUUAAAGCUGAAACUUAAAAAAAAAAGCUGGAGAAAACAGUUCAAUUAAAGUGAGGGAUAUUUUUUAAAUGUCAUCUUGAAGCUGUUUUGUAUCAGUAUUUUCAGCAUUGUUAUAUUAUUUGUAAUACUAAGUGUAAAUCUCACCCAGAGAAGGGUAUUAGCCACAUGUUAAUGUACAGUACAGCAGUAACUGUAAAACAGAGGUCCUUUGUUUGAUCCUCUUGUGUAUAUAGUAAAUCAUAAAGCAACAGCAUGUGGACAUUCUUUCAGUGAAUUGAUUCCUUUGUACUAAAAUCUCUAGUUUUUUAAGAGUUCCAUGUAUAAAAUGAUUUAUACAUUUCUCCAAGGCUGUACAUAUCCAAAGACAUGACACCAGGGGGAAAAGGCACUUAUUAUUUUUGCCACGGAUGUACCUUUUUUUUCUUUUCUUGAUGUUUCUGCACAACAAAGCAUAACUGUAAAAUUUCUACUGCAAAUUACUUCUUGUUACUUCUAGAUCUUUUCGUGCUGUAGAGGGCAUUUUAAGGAGAUGGAAAUCCCCAAAGAAAAGCUGUUUCCAUUUGAAUCAAUGUCCCAUUUUUGAAACAGUCAUUUGGCAUGAAAAACAUUAUUUCUGUGCCCUAAAUAUUUUUUAGUAAUUUAAUAGAGCCACAUCUCAAAUGCGGCAUCAACUCUGUAAUUAUCCUUUCUUCCAUUACUAGAGUGCUUCCACUUACAUGUUUGAACUGGAUGUAUUAUACCAUACAAAGCAUGCUAGGGCCAAUCUUAAUUCCUUUUCCUUCUACUAAGGUGGAAGGAAAACAUCUGUCCAGUACUGUACUCAUGCUUGGCUUUCAGAGUAGUGGAAAGGCUUUUGGUAUAUGCUUUGCACAUGAAUGAAGUUCAAACUGUAUGCUUUGUGCAUACUGGCGGGGGAAAUCUUUCUACCGUCCCCCCUAUCUAGGCUAUUUAGCAGCAUCUGAAAGCAUUCAGCAACAUUAAGACAAUUGAAUACCUACUGCCUUUUAGACACAGGGCAUCCGUUUUUACACAAAAUGAAACAGCUGGAAGAGAUUCCUUUUUUCCAGUUCAGACUGUUAUAUUUAACUUCACUGCUUUUCAUUGCAAAAGAUCAAGUUCCACUCAAAUGCUGGAAGGGCUUUCCUUAUGUGUUUUUUUUUUUUUUUUCUGUAAGUUUUGAAAGAGAGUAUUUCCAGACUGAAAAUAUUCAGAUGACUUUUGAAUAAGCAUAUGAAUGCUUACCUAGGAUAUUCAUGUUUGUCCUACAAUCUAAUUCCAGUCACUUCAGCAAGAUGAUGGCAAAGGCAUAAAUUGACCUUUUUCCUUUUUCUGAAAGCCAGUUUGGAAGCAGUGAUUUCUGGCUGCUGUAACUGAUUCCCUGUAUACUGUUAAAUAUACGGUAUAAUAUACAGUCUGAAAACUAAUGGAUAUAGGCUGUUUAAAAAUCAGUCCUGUCUUUUAUAUAACUGUUGUGCCAUUGUGCCUCCACUGAUUUGAUUAGUGUAGCAUCAUUGGCUUCAAAUAGACUAUACUGAGUUAAAUCACUUGAGGAUUAGGAUUGUGGCCUUUAGUCCAACCAAUCUCAGUAUAUGCUGUCACUGAAUUCUGAAAUCUUUGUUUAUAGAAAAGAUCAGAAAAGAUUUGACCUAGCAAAAUACCAGUUCAUAAUCUGUAUCAAAUGUACGAAUGUUUUUCCUUCAGGUUAAAAAGUGGAAAAAAAAAAAACACAAACAAAAAUCCCCAUAAAUCUAUGUAGGUCAUAAACAGAGUCCUCUGAUACAGUAGAGUAACAAUGAUCUCUAACAAAACUUUCAAAUAAUUUCCUGAAACAAAAAAAUGUAGUGGAAUCCUCUGACAGACAUUUUGGAUGAACAGAAGAUGUUCUAUAGUCUCUUUUCUUCCACCCUCCCUACUGAUGUUAGGUAUUUUGCCAGUCUUUCCUAAAUUGUUUUCAGGAUGAGGAUUUGCUGUUUGAAGCUCAUGCCAGAUGAAGUAGACACUACAGAGUGAGAAAGUACACUGAAAGAAAUGGUGGAGACUUUCUCCUAUCUUGGAGAAUUAUACAGCAUUAUUUCCAAUAUGCAUUUUAAUGUUCUGUGGUCAGCAAGAGGUUUGCAGACAUCCCUCAGGUGAAGAAUAUACUGAAGUCAUGCAGGCCGUAACUGCCUUUAAACUGAGUUUAAUCUAAUCUGGUGUCCUACCUAAGGCACUCUUAAGGUCAUUUGGAAACUUCAGCAGCUGUAGAAUGCAUCUUGCUGAUAUUUAGCCAACCAAUUUAAAUUUAAAAAUGCCUCGUAAGCUCUGUGUAUUUGGAUCUUUCCUGCUCGCUGAUUGUCCAACUUGUGAGAAUGUAUCAACCAUGAUGCAUAUGAUGCUGACUCCUUGUAUUACAAAAGACAUUGAUAUGUGCCCUCUCUGAGAGUUUUGAGAUUUGCAAUUUAUUUCCAGUCUAGGGCAACUUUCUGGAUUUAAUUAUCUUCACGUUAAACUUCAAGGGCCUUCUGUUGUUGCAAGGGUAAUUGGUAAGGGAACUUACUGAUGUAUUCUGUAAGUAUUUUGUAGUUAAUUUUUUUGAAUAUGCUUAAAAUGUCCCUCAGUAGCUAGUGGUUAAAAAAAAAAGAAAAUAAAUAUAACUUUUCCCACCGCAACUUUCCUAUAAAUCAGACAUUCUCAGUAGGCACAGGUGCCACCUGCAUUUUGUACUACUGUGAAAUAAUUUCAGACUGGCCAUUUUUGUUGGCUUCAUUAGCAGCAAAUUGUUAACCCUAGUUAUGUUCUUGUGCCCUCAGUCCUGUAAGUCCAACACACAGGGGGGACUGCUGGGGAUUUCUGAAGAAGUAAUCCUGCCUCUGUGAAAGCAGAGCAACAAUAAACUUACAUGAGGGUCUCUACAUAAUCCCUGGGGAUGAAAAACCUAUGCUGACCCAUCCUAACGAUGAAAGGUUUGUGAGAGGCUGAUGGAUCUGGCGAGUGUCUUAUCUGUUGGUUUCCCAAACCUGUACAGAGGUUAUAGAGCAGAGAAGAUUCCACAGAGCAGGUUUUUCUUGUGUAUGAGCAAUAUGAACUUGUAUUUUGUUUUGUGAUCCUCACUGUGUCUCUCUGUCUGGCAUUCACAAAUGCUUCCUUAGGUAAAUUUGUGUUGAUUAUGCAGACAGGUUGCUUUGUAGCAACGGAAGAAGUAGUGUCAUUUCCACCUUAAGAAGGCUCCACAGUAUUUUUAACAUAAACUCACUAACUUCAUUAGUAUAACAACUCAUUAACAUCAGCUCACUAAAAUGUUUAAUAUUUUCUCCCAGAAUGUUGUGCUGCUGCUGCUGGAGUAGUAGAUAGUAAAGACACUAAAAAUUUCCACUUCCAAACUAAAGGCUCUGAUACUGGUUGUGUAUCUUUGGGAUUCUAUCGACUAGAUGUGGUUAUGUCAGAUUUACAUCCAGCCAAAAAGAAUCUUAAACUUACUUAAGCACCUGUAUAAACUAAUACAUUGUGUGAUUUGAGCCUGCUUUUAUCAUGCUGAAAAAGCUCAAAUAGAGUAGCUUUUAAAUGUAUAUUGAUAUAAACAGUAGUAGCAGAAUUUUGAUUUCUUUUUAUUUUCCAUUAUGUCAAUGCACUUUAUAUGAGGGCUUAAUAUGAAUUAAAAAUUAGCUUUUAUUCUUUUUCUUCAUUAAAUUUGAUUUCAACAGGGCUCAGAAUUCUUUGCUUAACUUUAAGCAUGUGAACAAUCCCAUCAAAGUAAAACAAUCACAUCCUGAUUGUUUGAAAAGGUAAACAAGAAAAAAUAUUUUUUCUAACAUAAACAGUCUCAUUCAUAUCUAUUGUUUUAAAGGCAUGAUGUGUGAAAUAUAUUUUUCUUUAUAUAUACAUAUAAAUAAUUUUCAAAACCCUAAGACAAGUAGAACAGAUGAGAAACAGCUUUUCUGCUCAAGCUCCUUGUCCAACUAUACUGUCAGACUUUGUUUUCCAACUCAUUAACUUUUUUAAAAAAUCUAUUUCUUUUCCAUGGUUAAGAGUGCAAAAAGUAAUGGUUUUGUAUAUACUCUACACCUUGUGUGUAGGGAUGAUCAAUGUUACAAGGAAAAUAUAAGAAAUCAAAGUUCUUAAUCAUUGAGGCAUCUAAUGUUUAAGCUAGAGGCUCAACAGUACGUAAAAAUCCAUGUAAGUGGAGAACAGAUGUUUUGUAUCUGGUAAAAAUCUAAUGGAAGGGUAAAGGGCAACAGAUUGAUAGCUCUUUUUCUCUUCUGAGGGUGGCAGUGCAUAGCUGUUUUCUGUGAAAUACACUGAAGUAAUAUUUACAAAAUAAAUCUCUUGAAAUAAAAAGAAGUGAGAGAUAAAAUGAUCAUAUAACACCAGAAGGUGUGCAUAAGGGUACGUCCAUAUUUCGAUCAAAUAGCAUCCAAGUGAAUUUGCAACUUUUUAUUACCAUGGUGUUGAGUUAUCUUUAUCUAAAGGAUGAGUAUAAACAGAACAACACACUUGUGCUGUAAUUCAGAAACAAUUCAGAAGAAAAAGAUUGUAUCUUUAAAGCCUUGCACUUUGCGUAAUCAUUUUUAUCUAUCUGAAACAAGUUUGUAUAAUUAUAUUUUACACAGAGGUGGUAAUAUCCUUACACUAGGUAUAUGCAUACUCUAAGCAAUCAGUAGAUACGUAAGAUGGGAACCAGACCUUCUAUCAAGAACUCCGUUCAGUUUAUGUGGUCACUGUUUUGUUCCUACUUUCCAGUGAAGGACUAUGAUUGUUUUGGAAAAACUUGUACAGAAGUAUCUCCAAAAUAUUCUAUCUGAAUGAAUCCUAUCUGGCCUAUCUGAAAUUCAAACUGAUUUUUGGGAUACUUACAAUUAGGUCAGGCCUGAGCAUUUUUGAUAAUUGUCUUCAUUCAGUAAUAGACAGUGACCAUUAGAAAGCUUUAAACUUUUUUUUAAUGUGGAAUGUUUUAGUUUGAGUAUUAAAAUUAGACUGGUUAUAUCUGAUCAUUUUCUCACUGUGCACUUGUUUAUCUGUUUCUUGCUGUUCAGGAUGAUCAUUUUUUUUACCUACUGACCACUAUAAAAAUCAAAGGACUAGACAUUGACUUUCAUAUUAUAUGCUGAUAAACAUCCAUUUUGUUUCAAUAGCUGUAGGCUGCAAGGCCGUUUGUUGUAUACUAUUGAUUUACUUUUUUUGAAUGUAAUUGGCAAUAGCAUAGAGAAGCUUUGAAUUGGGGCUGUAACAAAGAGGAGAAAUGGAGGAAAAUAAUCACCUAAAGUUUGAGUAUAAAACAAUGCAAUAUUGAAAAGUAUGGAAAAGAGUACAGCUCUGUGGAAGACUUUACUAUGAACCUCGUUUAGGCCAGGAUUUCAGUUUGAAAACUUAGAAGGUAAUGUCAGUUUAAAAAGAAAGAUAUGAGAACAGUUUUUAAAGAAAUAGCAUACUUAAAUAGGUAACUUACUUAAAAUCAGUUUGGAAUAGAAUUUACAACAGUGAAAGUAUUUAGCCCAUGGUAGCUAACUUCCAGUUAAGUUCUGAGUAAAAAGCUGUAAAGUGUAUCUAAGAUCUGGUUGUACAAGUUCGUUGGUGAAUUUUGGUGUUUUUACCCUACGAAGACACAAAUGAGUUAAAUUCAAAUACUUACUUACCAGUUAAAUAUUGUUUAAUAUUUUAAAAUGUUCAAAGCAUAACUCUAACCUUUGAUUUUAGUGUCACAGCACUCCAGCUCCUCUGAUUUUUCUUUUAUAUGUGAAGGUUUUUUUAAUUGUUUUGAGCUUUUGUAACUUGUGUGCAAUAUGAACCUGAUUGAUUGUUUCAAAUUCAAUCUUUGUGCACUGACUGAAGAAGCCCCCCCCCCCCGCAUAACCUUUGAAUACAAACACUGUAGUGUAUGAACACUAUGAAGCAGCAUUCUGUUGGUUUUUUUUAUCAGAUUACUGGGGAUAUAAAUGUGGGCUGCUUUGAAGAUUUAUGGCAGCUCAUAAAACAGUACCACAGGAUUCUAUUGGUAUUAUUUAAUGGACAUUUGUGUUUAUUUCUAGCUGGCAUUCACUGUAAUUGUUUAAAGGCCAAUUAUUUUUGCUUUUCAGUUUGAUGGAAAAAUAAUAUUUUAUUUUUGAAUAUUUAAAUGGAAUUUUAAUUUUCAACCCCACUGUAGAGGUGAACAUUAAGAUAUUUCCAUGUUUAAAGUAAACAUAAAGGGCUCUUACAGUUUUCUUUCCUUUCUUUCCAAAAAAAGUUGGUUAAUAAAAAUCUUGUUAUUCUGA